GAAGGGGAAUAAGCUUACUGGUCAAAUACCGGAUGAGAUUGGCAACUGUGCUUCUCUUAUGCAUUUGGAUUUAUCUGAUAAUUUCCUGUAUGGAGACAUACCUUUCUCCGUUUCCAAGCUUAAGAAGCUGGAGCUUUUGAAUUUGAAGAACAAUCAGUUGACUGGUCCCAUCCCUACAACUCUAACCCAAAUUCCAAACCUAAAAACUCUUGAUCUUGCUCGGAAUCAGCUUACUGGUGAGAUUCCUAGGCUAAUAUAUUGGAAUGAAGUGCUGCAGUACCUUGGAUUGCGUGGAAACUCUUUGACUGGAUCACUGUCACCAGAUAUGUGUCAAUUGACGGGCUUGUGGUACUUUGAUGUUAGAGGCAAUAAUUUGACUGGUCCCAUCCCCGACAACAUUGGCAACUGUACAAGCUUUGAGAUCCU